CACGUCGCAGGCCGGAGGCCAGGGCAGCUCAGCCUCACCAGGAGCCUCCGCGGGGAGGGACAGCCAAAGGACUCUGCAGCAGGAUGAAGCUUCUCGUGGGCAUCCUAUUGUGCUCCCUGGUCCUGGGCGUCAGCAGCCAGAGAUGGUUGACAUUCCUAAAGGAAGCGGGUCAAGGGACUAGAGACAUGUGGAGAGCCUACUCUGACAUGAGAGAAGCCAACUACAAAAAUUCAGACAAAUACUUCCAUGCCAGGGGGAACUAUGAUGCCGCACAGAGGGGCCCUGGGGGCGCCUGGGCUGCUAAAGUGAUCAGUGACGCCAGAGAGAAAUCUCAGAGAAUCACAGAUCUUUUUAAGUUUGGAGACAGUGGCCAUGGAAUAGAGGACUCGAAGGCUGACCAGGCUGCCAACGAAUGGGGCCGGAGUGGCAAAGACCCCAACCACUUCCGACCUGCUGGCCUGCCUGACAAGUACUGAGCUUCAUUUCAGUUCUGUCCUCAGGAGCCAGUCUAUGAGCCCCCUAAAGGCAAGAACACUUGUUGAGUUAGAGUUGCUGAAUUCUGUAUUCUUUCUACUCAAUAGUUUAGAAGGAGCACAUAAAAAUGUUUAAUAAAUGCUUGCAAAAUUCGA